UCCCUCUCAGGAGCCAGGGAGCAGACAGCCGCUGCAGCCCCAGGUCCCACUGAGCAGGGCGGCCCUCAGGCCCAGGGUAGCAGGGCUGCGGCUUACCUGUCACAGGCCCUGCCUGGGGGGUUAGCCCCACCGAGAGGGGCUGAGGGGCCUCACGGAGGCGAGAGGCCUGUGGCCAGCAGACGGGGUCGGCACCACAGCCUCCCGGCACCAGGUGCCGCCUCGGAUUUGGAGCAGAGGAGGAGUCGUGUCUGCUUCUGGGGAGGGCCCUGGUGGAGGGCUGCCCCAGGGUCACCUGCACAGACCUGGCUGUGCCUCUCUCCACCCCAGGCCCCCGCCUGCCGAGCUGUAGAAUGGGGCCGGGCCUGGGGCCCUGACCUGGCAAGAGACUGCCAUCCUGAUGGUGGCUCCCAGGACCCUCUGCCCCCCCCCAGCCCCCCUGGGUGGUCUCAGGCUUCGGGGCAAGGGGGCUGAGGGCACAGGCUCCCCGCAGGGCAGGCAGAGCUGCUGUGCUACUGAGGGGCCUUGAGCCUCGGCCCCAAACAAGGUGGGGAGGGGCAGGCAUGCGGCCCUCACGUGGCCUUUCCCACAUGCCCCCUGUGGUCAGACUUACGGUGAGGCGACCUUUGUCAAAGUGGGGUCUCAAGCAGAGCACGGCCCCCGGUGCACACGCACCUUCCCUGGGAUUUGCGUCACAGGGAGCUGGCCCCGCAGAGGGCACGCAGGGCUCAGGGGGAUCAGGAAGGACGCCCCCACCCUCCAGGAGAGGGGAGCGAGCCCGGGGAGAGGUCACCUCCCCCACAGGCCAGUCCCGGCGUGAGAGCCACAGUCCAGGAAGGAUGCCAUCGAAUGGCAGCGGCUCGUGGGGCAAACAGGACUCACGCAGGGCUGCACGUCUCUGACCCUCUGAGCCCGACAGAAGAGCUCAGCAGAUUCUUCGCUGGUGCCUUUGUUCGCCGGGGGAGGGGAGAGCUCAGGAGCAGCGCCCUAGAAAGGCAAUUCCCCAGGAUGCCCUCCUGGCCAGCCUGCUGCCGCGGACCCUGCUCCCCGUGCACGUGGCGAUGGCCAGGCGUAGGGCGCAGGUGCCCCGCAGUCACUCUCAGCUUUGGUGCCGAUGGAAGCCCUCCUUGUCUUGGCUUCUGCAACAAGGAGGCCUGGCCCUUUGUGGCAGGUGUCCUUGGCCUCUUCCAGGGCAGUGGGGGAUCAGUCGCCCCACCAUCUGCUCAGCCCCAGACAGAGCCAGGACCCUGUGGUGGGGGCAGGAGGCCAGCCGCCUCAGGCCUGGCGUGUGGCCUCCCGGCCUCUGUCAGCCAGGCUAGUGUUCUCCACCUGCCGGGGAGACCUGAGGGGGCCCCGGUCUGCAGUGGCUGUCGGUUCAUGUCCUGAGUUUCCUUCCCAACUCACUAGUCUCUAGUCAGACCUUGUCCUGACCGUGGCCGGGCUCCUCCAUGUGGCCUGCCCCUUCCCUAACUGCAGGGAGUUUGGGCAGCUGUGAAACGCCCCAGGGAGUGGCACGGGUCUAGGUGCUGAUCUGUGGGUCCCCGUGCCUACCAGGCCUCUCUCCUGAUAGGCUGUGCUGCUUGCCUGGCAGGCCCAGCCUGGCCCCGCAGCCCCCCAAGCACCAGUCCCCAUGGGCCCCUCUUCUUCUGUACCUUUGGGGCUUGCAGUCCCCACCCUGCAUCUCCUGCCCCUGCCUAGGGGUCCCCAGCUGGGGCACAGCCAGCUGAGUCCAUAAAGGACAGGUCAUACUUGGAAGUGUCCUUGAGAGCCAGGGCCCCAGGGGCUCAGGGAAGUCCCUACCAGGCCCAGACGGUGGUGCUGGGCACCUGGCUCCCUCAGUCGAGGACAGCGGGUCUGUGUGAGGCCCUGCACCGGGGAGCGGUCAGAGGAACCUCAUGGGGACACUGCUCUCCCAGUGUCCCUGUCCUGUGCCUUCGGCAGUCUCCCUGGGUGGCUUCUCGUGGCCCCCUUCCUGUGGCCCCGCCUCACUUUGGAGGUUUUCCUCCAGGCACAGUCCAUGGAAGGUAGCUCAGGAGGAGCCCCGAAGCCUGUGGGGGGGGCCUGUGGCCCAGGGUCCCCAUGCCACCCACAGAGGAGCGGCUCAUGGGACAGAUCUGCAUCGGGGAGACCCUGCCCUGUCCGCGUCCAGCCUGAGAAGACGGUCAGCAAGGGCACAGCCCCGGCCGCAUACCUGCCGGGACGCCGGGCGCAGGGGCCGCUCUGGGGGGCUCUGGCUGCGGUGGGAGCGGCAACAAGGAGAGGCCGCUAGGCACGCAGGUCCCACUCAGCCCGUUUAUCAGGCCCCAGGCCCCUUUGCCAAUGGGAGGUCCCCUCCUAAGGCUGGGGUGCGGACAGGUCCGGCACGGGUGGGUGGCUUAGACUCAGUCCAGCCCGUCCUGUGCCUCUGGUCUCGUGGGGCAGGGGUACCGGCAUUGAGUGCGGGGAGCCCUCAGGUCCCACCAGUGAAGGGGAGAAGCCACAUGCCAAUUUCCUUCGGGGCAGGAGGCACCCCUCUGUCCUUCCUUGGGACACCCCCCCCAGCUGUGGUGGGUCCUGCGCAUGUGCACCCUCAUUGCCUGUUUCCUGUCGGAGUCCUUUCUCUGCUGCUGCCAGGUGCUCUCCGUGGGCGCCUCCCCACCCACCAGAAGACCCAGGAACGUCCUCAUCCUGGUGCCAAAUGUCCUCUCCCGGGUGUUCCUGGAACCCUUAGGCUAGGCCUCAUACCUUUUGGGGGGCGUCCCCACUCCGUAGACUCGCCAUUUCAGAGGAUGGGGUGUCAGGGCAUUCAGCUGAAUUGUGCAGCCAGCACCUCAAAUUCCACGCUUUCAUGUCCCAGAAAGCAACCUUGGGCCGUCUUAGCAGUACCCCACCCCCGGCGACCCCAGGCUGCGUUUUGGCUGCGGGUCUGCCUGAUCUGGAUGGUUCUUGCCCGAGUGCCUGAGGGCUCGCUGGCCUGCAUCAGGCUCGGGACAUGCUCUGGCCUCAUUUUUGAAGAGUUUCCCCCGCUUCUCCCACCUUCUCUCGUCUCUCCCUUCCCCCCGGGCCCUCCCCUCCCAUCUCUAGUCUGCGCCCCUCUGUGCCAUCCCCCAGGGUUUGCUCCCCACUGCCCUCCUGUGUUCCUGGGGCUGUGCUCAGGUGACAUGGGAUCCUGUGUGGCCCAACCAUGUCACCCAGGGGGCAGCGACCUCAGCCUCAGUGGCGCCUCCCCUGCAGGGGCCAUCCUGCAGCAUUUGCCCAUGACUGGCAUGGGACCCUGGGGGCAGGGGCAGCCUGGGUCAAAUGCCCUGCCCUUUACCCCACCACACCCUCCCAUCAGGCCCUAUGUGCCCUGCCCCACACGACCUGGAUUGUUCCCACAGGGCCACUGAGCAUACAUUGGGUCAAAAAUUGGAGAUAAUGUAAACAAACGGAGAACCUUGUUUUAAUUAAGGAUAAUUAAAUAAUUUGGGAUGGUUGGAGUUGGGUCACCCCCCUUGCCAGUAGGUGCCUGUCCCCUCCUGUCCAUCACUUGUCUGCCAGGGGGCGCUGCAGAGACACGUUGUGCCUCAUGAACCCGCUACUGGGAGGCCCCACCCUCCUGGUCCCACAGCACCUUCGGAAGUCAUGUCCUCUCCAUGUGUCUGGGGCGCAGGGGACACAGACUCAAGCCCCUGGCCCCUGGCCCCUGGCAGUCAGAAAGGGCUGCUGUGGGCAUGAGGCCACCUGUCCACGGUGAGAAGGGCAACCCCGGGGCAGCCGGGCCUCUGGAAGAGCUCAAAGGCCACUGCCCCCCCCUGCUGUCCCCAGAGAGCCAGGCUGGGGACCCCCGGGGGCUGCCCCGGGCCCUGCUCUUCCUCGGAGGCCUGUGGCUCCGCCUGAACACCCCAAACGCCGCUUGUCCCAUGGCACUCGGGGCGGUCGCCGAGCGUGCCUCGUCUGCCGCCCACACUGCAGAUGCUGCCCCUGAAUGCAGGCGCCCUCGCUCCAUCCGCUUGGACACUCGUGGUGCAGCUGUUACAGCAAGAGGCUCGGUCAGGACCGCCGGCCCCUUGGUGCAGUCGCGCUCCCACCUGCACAGCCCAGGGCACUGAGCUUACGGAGCUUGCAGUCUGUCGUUCUCAGUCUGUCCCCCACCCCCCAGGGAGGACGGGAGGCCCCCAGCCCACAUCUGCCAGGGGCAAGGUGUCCCAUUCCCCAUCCUGUGCUCCCGUACUUGGGUCCGGGGCGCAUGCGUGGUCCUCGGCUCCCGUGACCGGCCCGUGUGCAGGCCGCCUCAGGACGCCCACACGCACGCCCGGCUCC